GAGUUAACAUGAUAUCAAAAAGUUUACCGCAAUUUUUAUGAUAUGUUCAAACAGAUUCAGUAUGUGUUUGUAAGAUUGUUUCAAGAUGACUUUUAUCCAAUGAAAUUCUAAGGCCACAUCAUGUUGACUUCUAUGUACUAUAUAGUAUGAGAUUGUGUGUAAUAUAUCACGGAAGGACAAAGUAUAGAUUUGAAGAAUGGAAACACAAACAAAUCAAGCAAAAGAAACAAUCGAAAAGAGUACCAAGCGUGAGUGGAAUUUAGAAUGGGACGAGUAUUUCAUGGCGUUAGCAUUUUUAUCAGCACAAAGAAGUAAAGAUCCUAAAACUCAGGUUGGAGCAUGUAUUGUCAAUAACGACAAUAGGAUUGUUGGGAUGGGAUAUAAUGGUAUGCCAAACUAUUGCAAGGAUGAAGACUUUCCCUGGGGAAAAGGUCAAACUGCUGAGGACAAUAAACACUUGUAUGUAUGUCACGCUGAAUUAAAUGCUGUAGUAAAUAAAAUACAGGCAGAUGUUAGAGGAUGUCGUAUGUAUGUGACGCUUUUUCCUUGCAACGAAUGCGCCAAGAUAAUAAUUCAGUCUGGAUUAGAGGAAGUAAUAUAUUACAAAAUGCCCGACCUACCAGAAGACGAAAAGAAGCAGCAAAAAGAGGAAAAAAUAAAAGCCACUCAAAAAAAGUUCGAAUAUAAAAAUAUUGUUAAGUUGACGAAGUACGAACCCAAAAGGGGAACAGAAUUUAGAAUUGGAACGGAAGAUUCUAUAAUUUUGUAAAGAAAUCAAUGUCCAAAUUACAAAACGAACAGCUGGAAGAUCACUGAUAUAUUUCAGUAAACGAAUGAUAUAACUAUAAUUCAUGUUUAUCAUAUUAAUUGCUGUGAUAAUUUUGUUUGAUUAAUAGUUACACUUUUUAUAUAAUUAUAAUAUAUCAAGAUUUCUGUUAUUCGUUGUUUUAUCAACUCAUUUCUAUCUGUGAUCAAUUUUGAAAAUUUUAAUUAUGAUUAUAAUGUGUCCUAAUUUGCAUGAUUUGUUUAAUAAACUAAUAUGCUAUUUAUAA